CGCCCCUGGUGCCUCGCCCGCCUGGUCCGCCCCGAGCACGGGGAGAUCACCUCCACCCGUCACCUCCUCCUCCCCUCGUCCAGGUCCACCCGGGGCUCCCUCCCCCGGGCCGCCCCCGAACACGAAGUUGGCGGGAGCCUAUAAAAGCCGGUGACGGCGCGACCCGCGGACACACCGUGCAGGCGCCCGAGCAGCCACUGCUAGACCCGCGCCAACUCCUGCCCUGCCCAGACCAGCGGCGCGACCAUGGCCCAUCACUGGGGAUACGGCAAGCACAACGAGGGUCACCAGGAACUCGGUUUUAUCAUGGCCACUGACCUGGGCUCUCCAGAGCCAGCAGAUGCAAGAGAAAGAUGUGUCUGGCGCACCUUUCGCAUCUAGAGGACCGGAGCACUGGCAUAAGGACUUCCCCAUUGCCAAAGGAGAGCGCCAGUCCCCUAUUGACAUCGACACCAAAGCAGCCAUUCACGAUCCUGGCCUGAAGUCUUUGUUUCCUUCCUACGAGCAAGCGGUUUCUCGGAGGAUCAUCAACAACGGUCACUCUUUCAACGUGGAAUUUGAUGACUCCCAGGACAAAGCAGUGCUGAAAGGAGGACCCCUCACUGGCACAUACAGAUUGAUUCAGUUUCACUUUCACUGGGGUUCGUCUGAUGGUCAAGGAUCUGAGCAUACUGUGGAUAAAAAGAAAUAUGCUGCAGAGCUUCACUUGGUUCAUUGGAACACCAAAUAUGGGGAUUUUGGAAAAGCUGUGCAGCAACCUGAUGGACUGGCUGUUUUGGGUAUUUUUUUAAAGAUUGGUGAUGCCAAGCCGGGCCUACAAAAAGUCCUUGAUGCACUGGAUUCCAUUAAAACAAAGGGUAAGAGUGCUGACUUCGCUAACUUUGACCCUCGUGUCCUCCUUCCGGAAAGCUUGGACUACUGGACCUACCCAGGCUCCUUGACCACUCCUCCUCUUCUGGAAUGUGUGACCUGGAUCGUGCUCAAGGAGCCCAUCAGCGUUAGCAGUGAGCAGAUGCUGAAAUUCCGUAAGCUUAAUUUCAAUAAGGAGGGCGAACCAGAAGAACUGAUGGUUGACAACUGGCGCCCAGCUCAGCCGCUGAACAACAGAAAAAUUGCUUCCUUCAAAUAAGAUGAUCCCGGAGCCCAGGACCAAAGAACGGACCUCUGGGUUUCCCUUUAGCUAAGCACAAAUCUACCUUGUUGAAUUGGACCUUGGCUGCUUUGCAUCUGGUUUUCUAGACCUUUCAUUUCUCACCUUAUGUGCUUAUUAGUAAAAUGUGAAGAACCUGA